UAUGGAUUUAUUUUUGAAUAAACCAGCUGAAGCUCCACAAAGGUAAUACAUUCGUCUUUUCGUUAAUACAGGACAUAAACAAUUCAUUGCCACAGUAGAUCGCACUUAAUAAGUAAUUGAAUUAUUUAACAAUAAGAAUCUAGAAGUUUAGAUUGCAAAUUCAUUCGUUUAUACAUAAAGAGAAAAUCCUGAUAAUGAGGAAAUAUAGCAAUUCUAAGUAAAAAAUAUAAAAUAAAAUGGCUAUUUGGUUGUGAUUCCUAAACAAAUGUAAAUUGGACAUGUACUUGAUGAUUAAACCUUUAUAACAUGUGAAAUUAUUGAACCGAAAAAAAAAUCAUAAGUUAAAAUUGAAUAAACAGACAAUUCAAAAAGAAGGAAUAAGCAUUAAAAAGAACAAAACAAAUUAGUUGAAAAUUUACCAGACAUAUCUCCACCUAGAACUCUACCUCAACAACAAGAUGACAAAUAAGCAAAUAAAUAAUAAUAAAAUAAUCAAAAACAGUAAUAAUAAUAAUAAUAAUAAUAAUAACAAUAACAAUAACAAUAACAAUAACAAUAACAAUAAUAAUAAUAAUAACAAUAAUAAUAAUAAUAAUAAUAAUAAUAAUAACAAUAAUAAUAAUAAUAAUUAACAAAAAAAUAAUAAAAAUAAUAAAAUAAGAAUAGAAUAGAAGAAGAAAAAUCUAAAUAACAAAAUUAAAAUACACAAGAAUAAUUAUAAUUAUAGAAUGAAAACACAAAAGAAAAUAAAGAAACAAAAACUAAAGAUAAUUAGACUAAUAAUGAAUAGAAAAAUUAAAUUUAAGAAGAAGUUCAAUAACAUGAAUCAUCCAACUUAAAAGAAAAUUAAGAUUAAACUGAGGCACAAGGCAAAAAAGAAACAAAAGAAGCAAACAAUCAAACCAGAGAUAAAAGCAAAGAACAAAAAGAAAAAGAAAAUCUAUAAACCCCUGAAAUCUAAAUUGGAUAAUAAUAGAAAGAAGGAUCAAAAAAAUAAUAACAUUAAGCCUAAUCUUAAAUAAAUUAGAAACCCUAAGAAAAUCAAUAAACAAAAUAAUUACACUAAUAGAAAUAAGAUUUAGAAGAAGAAAAUAAUUUUGGAAUCAAAAAGCAUCCUAAACUUGUUUAAUAGAAUGAAGAUCAAAUUAAUAAUACUUAAUAAUAGAUUGCAGAUAAAGUUAAAUAAGAUAAAUAAAUAUAGAAUAAUUAGUAACAAAAGUAAAAUGAAAAUGAUAAAUAGAAACAAAAUAAAUAAAAUAAAUAAUAAUAAUAACAUUAACAAUAAUAAUAGCAAAAUCAGAAAUAAUAAUAAUAAUAAGCUGCUUAAUAAAAAUAGAAUUAAUAGACAAAGAAAGUAAAUAAAGUUAUAAAAACAGGUUAUGAUUCAGAUGAAAAUUCUGAUGAUCAAUAAUAAAUAAAAGUCAAGGUUGUAUAAAAUUAAAAACAAAUUAAGAAAAAUGAUAAGAAAUAAAGUAUAGACUUUGAUAAUAAUUUAUUUGAAAAUUGUUGA